AUGCCGACCCGGCUGCUUAGUCCGCAAGAGGCGCUAGAUGCACUAUACGAGAGCCAACACGCCGCGCAGCGCACCACCUACCGCGCCUUUUACAGCAGCGAGCUGGGCGGCAUCGUCACCGACCCGGCGCUGUUUGUGGUGCAGCUGGACGACCACAUGCUGCACAGGGGGCACGGAGUGUUUGACACCGCCAUGCUAGUGAACGGCCACCUGUACCAGCUGGACCAGCACCUGCACCGCUUCCUCGCCUCGGCAGCGAAGGCCAACAUCCCGCUGCCGCCCGGCAUGACCGUGGAGCAGAUGCGGCGCACCAUUCUGGAGACCACUGCCGCCAGCUGCAAGCUCAAUGGCCAUGUGCGCUACUGGCUGUCUGCGGGGCGCGGCGGGUUUGGUCUCAGCGGCAACGAGUGUCUGGGGUCGGCAUUCUACUGCGUGGUGUACACGCAGGAGGUGCCCGACAGCAAGCUGGACGAGUACCUGCGCGGGUGGCGCGUGAAGACGAGCCCUGUGCCGCUCAAGCCGCCCUUCUUCACCGGCAUCAAGUCCAACAACUACCUGCCCAACGCGCUGAACCUCAUGGACGCAGAAGCAGAGGGCUUCGACCAGGGCGUGUUUGUGGAUGCUGAAGGCAACGUGAGCGAGGGCCCCAACAUGAACGUGGCCUGCCUGCUGGCCGACGGCACCCUGGUGGUUCCCCCCUUUGAUCACUCCCUCAACGGCAUCACCGUGCAGCGCAUGAUGGAGCUGCUGCCCGCGGCGAUUGAAGAGGGCAUGGAGGGCAUUAAGCGGGUGGAGCAGCGGCACAUCAGCCUGGCUGAGGCCAAGGCGGCCACUGAAGUCUUCUUCAUUAGCAGCAGCAUGCUAAUCAUGCCCGUGGUGCAGUGGGACACGCAGCUGAUAGCGGAUGGCACGGCAGGCAUUGUGGCGCUUCAGAUCCGGGUGAUGCUGCAGAAUGACACCAAGCCGCGGCCAGCAUCAGACCAGCACACGGAGGUUCCCUACGGCUUCAUGACUGGCAUGGAGGAGGCAUGA